AUGAGUUUUCCUUCAAAGACUUACAACGUUGUCAUUCGGAGAAUGAUUAUGGGCAAUCGAAACGGUGUCGUGUUCAGACUCAUGAGCAUGCCUCUAGGUCGUCUUUGUCUUCGUCCACAUGCGUCCGUGCAGCUCUCUCGUUUUACUUCAACUUCGACAGACAAAAUUUCCACUCAGGCCCUAGACGGAGACUUCUUUGCAUUGAACAAAAGGAUCUCCCAUUUGAUCCGAACCGGCCAGAUAGCCCAAGCGAGGGAAGAUUUUGACAGGAUGGAGCAACGAAAUGUUGUAACUUGGAAUUCAAUGAUCACUGGGUAUGUAAAACGCAGAGAGAUGGCCAAGGCGCGUAAGUUGUUUGAUGAAAUGCCUGAGAGAGAUGUGGUUUCGUGGAAUUUGAUGAUAUCGGGGUAUAUAUCUUGUCGUGGAGAUAGGUAUAUUGAGGAGGGGAGGAGUUUGUUUGAUCAAAUGCCAGUGAGGGAUUGUGUUUCUUGGAACACAAUGAUUAGUGGGUAUGCCAAGAAUCAGAGGAUGACUGAGGCAUUACAGCUUUUUAAUAGAAUGCCUAACCAGAGUGUUGUUUCUUGGAAUGCAAUGAUUACUGGGUUUUUGCAGAACUGUGACGUUGUGCAUGCAAUUGAGUUCUUUGAGAGAAUGCCAGAACGGGAUCGGGCUUCUCUUAGUGCACUUGUAUCGGGGCUUAUUCAGAAUGGUGAAUCGGAUGAAGCUGCGAGGAUUCUUCUCGAAUGUGGGAACAGGGAUGAUGGAAGAGAAGAUUUGGUGCAUGCUUAUAAUACGUUGAUUGCUGGUUAUGGUCAGAGAGGAAGGGUUGAAGAAGCCAGGAAGCUUUUUGAUCAAAUCCCAUUUUUGCAUCAGAAGGGAAAAGAGGGCAAUAGGAGGUUUGAGAGAAAUGUGGUAUCAUGGAAUACCAUGAUUAUGUGCUAUGUGAAAACAGGAAAUAUUGUUUCUGCCAGGGAACUUUUUGACCAAAUGAGAGAACGAGAUACCUUUUCUUGGAAUACCAUGAUCAGUGGCUAUGUACAUGCAUCGGAUAUGGAAGAGGCCUCCAGCCUCUUUAGUAAAAUGCCAAAUCCUGAUGCACUGUCAUGGAAUUCAUUGAUUUUAGGGUAUUCCCAGGUUGGUUGUUUAGAAUUGGCUCAUGAUUUUUUCGAGAAGAUGCCCCAAAAGAACCUGGUCUCUUGGAACUCCAUGAUAACAGGGUAUGAGAAAAAUGAGGACUUUGUAGGAGCAGUCAAGCUCUUUGCUCGAAUGCAACUUGAGGGAGAGAAACCUGAUAGACACACUUUAUCUUCACUUCUCAGUGUGAGUACUGGGUUGGUAGAUCUGCAUCUUGGCAUGCAGGUUCAUCAGAUGGUCACAAAGACAGUUAUUGCAGAUGUGCCAUUAAACAACUCCCUUAUUACUAUGUAUUCUCGAUGUGGUGCAAUAAAAGAGGCACAGACAAUAUUUGAUGAGAUGAAACUGCAGAAAGAUGUUAUCUCCUGGAAUGCAAUGAUUGGAGGCUAUGCAUCUCAUGGUUUUGCUGCAGAGGCUUUAGAAGUUUUCGCUUUGAUGAAGAGGUUAAAGGUGCGGCCUACUUAUAUAACAUUUAUCGCAGUGUUGAAUGCAUGUGCUCAUGCAGGAUUAGUUGAUGAAGGCCGGAGUCAAUUUAAAUCCAUGAUUAGUGAAUUUGGAAUUGAGCCACGGGUUGAACACUAUGCCUCCCUUGUGGACAUCAUCGGUCGGCAUGGCCAGCUUGAGGAGGCCACGGGUUUGAUUAAGAGCAUGCCAUUCGAGCCAGACAAGGCUGUAUGGGGAGCAUUGUUAGGUGCUUGUAGAGUGCAUAACAAUGUAGCGUUGGCCCGAGUUGCAGCUGAAGCAUUAAUGAGACUUGAACCCGAAAGCUCAGCUCCAUAUGUAUUGCUAUACAAUAUGUAUGCUGACGCUGAACUAUGGGAUGAUGCGGCAGAGGUGAGAUUGAUGAUGGAUAAGAAUAAUAUAAGAAAGCAUGCGGCUUACAGUCGGGUAGAUUCUUCCCAUUUCUAAGGACAUUUAUAUGCUGAUUAUAUGAAGUUGGUGAUUCAGUACCACAGAAUCCCUGUCAUUGAUAUUGGUUUCCUCUGAUCCAAGUUAAUUGUUAAACCAUUCAAUCAAAUAUUCUUGCUUGUAUUACCCUGGAGAUGGGAAACGACACAAUCCAGGAAAAAAAAUACGGUGAUUUAGACACUUGGAAGAAUGGUAAUAUGCCCAAAAAAGGAAGGACAGCUGUGGGCUAACUGAGUCUGAACCAGGUUCUACAGACACAUGAACUUCAAUGAAUAGCAUGAACACUGUCAGGUUUCAAUCUGGUGGAUAUGAACCAUACAUGAUGCUGUUGUCACACUUAACACUAGCCUAUUUGGUACACAAUUCAUUGUAACUGAUGAAGAUUAAGUUGGGUGACGCCGACAGGCAACAGGCUGAUUCUAGUGAGAUUGCACGUCCAGAUUUCCAGUGUUUGGGGCUUAAGAAGUGUAGUAGAGUCAUCAUUAAAUAUCAAUGACAGGCGUGGAAUUUUCCUGCUCUUUAUUGUUCUAAUUUCUACAACUCUGGCUCUAAUGUUAAUCUAGAAGGCACGAGUGGACUUGCAGCAUUUUAUGGUGGGAUCAAUGCAAGAGCAAAAGCAUUUCCUUUCAAUGUUUUCCAAAUAGGAUCUGUGAACUCAAGGGAGAUCCUAACUAACAGAUGUUAUUGAAAUACAGAGAUGCAUGGCCUCCACGAGUGAUCUUAGAGCUCGUCACGAAAUGGACAAGUCUUAUGCAUCGAGGUGGCUAUUCUUUGGAAUUUCAGUGACAGGUGCAGAAUCUUGUGACUAUGAAUUGGAUUAUUUAUUUGAGCUGAUCAAUGCAUGUUUGUUGUAUAGAAGCAAUUUUAUGAAAUUUUUACUGGUCCGUCAGCUAUG